UUUGCUCAAGCCAACAAAUGAGAGCAGACAGGAAACCAAAGCCCAAGCCUAUCCAACAGCAGCCAAUAGUGAAUAGCCUCCAACACCCCAUCCCCCAAAAGCAAAUGCAGCAACUGCCGCCUGUCCAUUACCGAAAGGCCAAUUCCCAAGUCCCCAACAAGCCGAGAGACUGGCCACCGGACACUGGGACACUGGACACGGAGAUGGGAGACGGGUGACUUUUGGCCACUGGUGACUGGCUCCAUCUGAC